CUGUUUUAUUUUAGGCAUGAAAGUUGUAAAAAUUGGUGGUCCAGUCUACCGGAUUGGAGUUGGUGGUGGUGCGGCAAGUUCUGUUGAUGUGCAAGGUGACAACAAAUCGGAUCUCGACUUUGGAGCUGUGCAACGAGGCGAUGCUGAAAUGGAACAAAAACUGAAUAGAUUGGUACGCGCUUGCAUGGAAAUGGGAGAGAGGAACCCGAUUUUGAGUAUUCAUGAUCAAGGCGCUGGUGGAAAUGGAAAUGUUCUGAAGGAACUAGUAGAACCCGCUGGAGCCGUGAUCUUCACAAAAAAGUUUGAACUCGGAGAUCCCAGCCUGUCGACCUUGGAACUCUGGGGUGCAGAAUAUCAAGAAAAUGAUGCGAUUCUCUGCAGAAGUGAAGAUGUGCCCCUCCUGCAGCAAAUAGCCGAGCGCGAAAAAUGCCCAAUCAAUUUUGUUGGAACCGUCACCGGAAUUGGUAAAAUUAUUCUUUCCGAGGAAGAAGAUUGCGACGAUUCGAAAUAUUUGCAAGGAUUGGAAACGGGUGCUAAGCAUCCGGUCGAUCUCGAACUGGAGUUGGUCCUUGGGAAGAUGCCGAGCAAAACCUUCGAACUUCGAAGGGAGAAACGAGAACUUACUGAUUGUCAUUUACCGAAAGAUUUAAAUGUGAGAGCUGCUCUUGAGAGAGUUUUAAGAUUGCCCUCAGUGGCGAGUAAACGAUACUUGACAAAUAAAGUUGAUCGUUGUGUUACGGGAUUAAUUGCUCAACAACAGUGUGUUGGUCCUUUGCAUACUCCACUUGCCGAUGUUGCUGUCACAACUAUUUCACAUUUUUCCACGGAAGGAAUCGCUUCCUCGAUUGGUGAGCAACCAAUAAAAGGUUUGGUGGAUGCAGCUGCAGGUGCAAGAAUGACAGUAGCAGAAUCUCUUACGAAUUUAGUAUUUGCACCAAUCUCAGAUCUCAAGGACGUGAAAUGCAGUGGAAAUUGGAUGUGGGCUGCAAAAUUACCAGGAGAAGGUGCAGCCUUGUACGAAGCAUGUUUCGCGAUGUGUUCGGUAAUGAAAGAGUUGGGAGUUGCAAUUGACGGAGGAAAAGAUUCUCUAAGUAUGGCUGCAAGAAUCGAUAAGGAUGUUGUCAAAGCACCUGGAACACUAGUUGUUUCCUGUUAUGCUCCUUGUCCAGAUGUCACAAAGGUUGUUACUCCUGAUUUGAAAUGCCCCUCACUGAAAGAAGAAGGUAGUCUAAUUUUCAUUGACUUGUCAAAUGGAAAGAGUCGAAUCGGUGGAACAGCUUUGGCUCAAGUUUUUAAGCAGCUCGGGAACGAAACUCCUGAUCUUGAAGAUUCAACCCUUUUGAAACAUGCUUUCAACAUUACACAGAAUUUAAUAAAAGAAAAGAAGAUAUUGUCAGGACAUGAUGUAAGCGAUGGAGGGUUGAUCACUUGUCUCCUAGAAAUGAGUUUCGCUGGUAUUUCUGGAAUCAAAGUGAAUGUCAGCCACAAAUCCGGAUCUCCGGUUUCAAUUCUUUUCGCUGAAGAAGUGGGUUGGGUUUUAGAAGUUAGCACGAACGAGACUCAGUAUGUCUUAAAACAAUUCGAAAAUCUCAAAGUCCCUGCUUUCCUGAUUGGAAAGUCCUCUGGGCUAGGCUUAACUUCCCAAGUCAACGUAUCAGUAAAUGACGUAAAUGUUCUCACGUCUUCUGUCCUUGAUUUGAUGAAAAUUUGGGAAGAAACGAGUUACAGGCUAGAAUGUCGGCAGACCAAUCUUGAGUGUGCUUUGCAGGAAUACAGUGAAUUAAAAGACAGAAGUGCACCUGUUUACAAACUUACUUUUGAUCCUGAUCUCAAGUCGAAACUGAAGAGUCCUUUGAGUCAAAAAAUUAGAGUAGCUGUAAUUCGAGAGGAAGGAACGAAUGGUGAUCGGGAAAUGGUUGCAUCUUUAAUAAACGCGGGUUUCGAAGUUUGGGAUGUUACAAUGCAAGAUCUUCUUCAGAAUCGUACUACUUUGGAUUCAUAUAAAGGAAUUGUUUUUCCUGGAGGAUUCAGUUAUGCGGAUGUUCUCGGAUCAGCAAAAGGCUGGGCAGCAAGUCUUCUUUUCAAUCCAUCCAUUCAAAGGCAGUUGGAAAUCUUUAUUCAACAAAAGGACACUUUCAGCCUCGGAGUUUGCAACGGUUGCCAGUUGAUGAGUCUCUUGGGCUGGGUGGGCGAAGCAGAAAACGGUGAACCAGGAAUCGUCCUCGACCACAACAAAUCAGAAAGAUUCGAGUGUCGCUGGUGUACAGUAAAGAUAGAAAAAUCUCCAUCCAUCAUGCUGAAGGGAAUGGAAGGUAGCGUCUUUGGAGUUUGGGUGGCUCACGGAGAAGGAAGAUUUACCUUCCGUAACGAGGAAGUUUUUCGUAAACUUAAAGAAAGCAAUUGUCUGGCGAUAAAAUAUGCCGACGAAACUGGAACGCCGACUGAAAGAUAUCCUUUGAAUCCGAAUGGAAGUGUCGGCGGAAUCGCUGGGGUUUGUUCCUCUGACGGAAGGCACUUGGCUAUGAUGCCGCAUCCAGAAAGAUGCACUCAAUCUUGGCAGUUACCUUGGGCUCCUACCGACUGGAAAUAUAAAUCUUCUCCCUGGCACCAGAUUUUUAUAAAUGCCUAUGAAUGGUGCGCGUCACAGACUUGUUAAGACUCGCUUUUAAAAUCAAUCGUUUUUUAUGUAUAUAAUUAAUAAUAAAUGCUUAUUUAUAAGUUUAUAUUAUCCAACUAUCGCUAAGCUUGAUACGUUA